AUGGAUAAUACACUAUUAUAAAGAAAAGUAUUUCGACUUUAAAAUUUGAAAAAUAUAAUUAGAGCAAUUCCAAAAAAUAAUAUUUUAUAACAAUUAGUCGGAUCUAUAACUACUAUUAAGAGAAGGAUAAAAUAAUUGUAUUUCAAAGAAUUAAAAGGAAAUCGAGCUUUAAAUUAAAUAACUAAAAUCGAAAUUACAGAAUUAUAAAAAUAACAAAUUAAAGAUACCUAAAAAACUGAGAAUAAUAGUAGACAAUAAAAUAUUAAGAAACUAUAAGUGAAAUUCAAGGUUUCUCAUAAAAUGAUAAAAAAUGAUAGUGAUGAAACAUAUAUUUAAUUAUUGAUUCAUUAUAUUCUAUUGAUUUGA